GUUAGAGGGAGGGAUCUCCUUGGACACCGGAGCGGCGUUGCCAGGUGCUACCCAUAUGGAGGUGGAGAUGGCAGAAAGGAGCAAAGAUAAAGUCGGAUACAACAAUAGAGGGGUGAAUAUGGAGAGCUAGCAGGAAUAGGAAUGAAUAUAACUCUGUCCAAGAAGGCUGAGAAACACAAAUCUGAAACAAUCUGUGCAGACAAUAAGCGAACUAAUCAACCUUAGACAUAGCUCAGUGAAGGCUCUGGUUGCAUCUGGCUUAAAAACACUGAGAACUACAGCUUACAUCAUGCUGGCCAGUAAGCUCUUUACCUGACUGUUAGAUGUCUCCAGUAAACGCUUUGUUGUCAUGGGGAAACCGCAGAGUAAGCAGAAACGCAACAUAUCCCGAUACAGUGUUGGUUGUAACAACUCAUCCAGGGCCCUCAGACUGUACCUUUCAAAGCCAAAACCUCUACUACCCAGAAGGACAUUAGAAGAAUGGGAACCUCACCACCUACAAGUUUCACUCCAAGCCAUGCAUCAUGUUGACUUGGAGUUAAAUUGCUGUUUGUAGAGUAGAAUCAUAGAAUCCCUACAAUAUGGAUUGAUGGCGAUGCAGGUCACUGUUCUGUCACUCAAGUGGUUCAGCAAUACAGUCCUGCACAUAAUGAUGCUGUGACAUCGUUAGCCUCUCUUACAUCUGAUAACUGCGUCUCUGGAGGAAAGGACAAGACAGUGGUCAUAUAUGACUGGAAAUCUGGCUGUGUGCAGCAGAAAUUCAUGGGCCAUGAAAGUGAUGUGACCAAGGUAACCUGCCUCUUUCAGUCAAACAGGAUCUUCAGUGCUUCACGUGAUAAAACAGCCCUAAUGUGGGAUAUGUACAAUAAAGCUGGACCACUACAGGAGUUUAUAGGGCAUGAACUGGUGGUUACCGGCCUAGCUGUAAGCCCAGAUGGAUUGAAACUAUGUACAGGGUCACGGGACAAUUCCAUGUGUAUCUGGGAUGUGGAGACAGGAGACUGUUUACAAAGCUGCUCUAUUUCCAGGAAUCUGGUAACACACAUCUGCUGGGUUCCUGCAGAAUCACGUGUAAUUCAGACCUCCGAGGACAAGAUGAUCAGAAUCUGGAAUAGUCACGAACUCCAGGUGACUCACACUUUCCCAAUAAAACAGCACAUCCAAAUGCAUUGUGAUGCCAGUCCUGAUGGGCGAUAUUGCAUUACCUGCAGCAACGGUUUUAGCGGCGAGGGCUGUGAAGCCACACUAUGGGACCUGAGACAGACGAAAUAUAAGGUGUGUGAGUACAAGGGACACCUGCAGACCACUGCAGCCUGUAUAUUUCUCCCAAAUGCAACUUCCUCAUUCCCCUUGGUCGCAACCUCAGGUCAUGACUGCACUGUGAAGAUCUGGAAUCGUGACACUGCAGUUUGUGUGAGUUCCCUUUACCUGGAUGGCACAGGACCCCUGACGUCAUUAGCUUCCAGUGAUGCUGCAAAUUUGCUGUGUGGCAGUUUUAAUACAGGAAUUCACCAACUCCGAGUGAACCUUUCAAACAGCUGUAGCCUGUCUGAGGUGGCAAGAUUCUGAGCAGGCAGAGUAAGUCAGAGAUGUGACAAUGUAGCAUUACAGCUGGGAUCAUACAUAACAGGUCCUUAGCUGAACAACUGUCAGUGGGUUAAAAAAAAAGCAGUGAGCUCUGGUUUUAGUCAGUUUACUACUAUGCAUCUUGUCUAUAUAUUGUCUGGAUCUCAGGAAUGAGGAUAAGAAUGUUUUGGUUCAGAUUUGUUUAUUAUACUGAAGUAUAUUAGGAUUCAUUUAUUCCAGGUUUUGAAAGUGGUUAGAUUCCCUACAGUGUGGAAAUAGGCCCUUUGUCCCAACAAGUCCACACUGCCCCUUGAAGCAUCCCACCCAGACCCAUCCCCCUAUAACCCACACACCCCUGAACACUACGGGCAAUUUAGCAUGCCCGAUCCACCUAACUUGCACAUCUUUGGACUGUGGGAGGAAACCGGAGCACCCGGAGGAAACCCACGCAGACACGGGGAGAAUGUGCAGACUCCACACAGACAGUUACCUGAGGCUGGAAUCGAACCUGGGUCCCUGGUGUUGAGAGGUUUCACUGCUAACCACCGAGCCACCGUGCCGCCCCAGGUUGAGGCAGGCACCACUGGAUCAUUGAAUGGAUAGAUUGGAACAGAAGAUGACCAGAAGGUAAUGAUUGGGGAGAUGAUCUCUUACCUGCUCCAGGGCAGGUUGGAUGAGUUAUAUUAUUUUUCUUUCUAUUUCACACUUGUAAGAUCCCCUGAAGUAGUGAUAAUGGUUCCCUGAAAUAGUGCUACUUUUGUACACUGCUAACCAUUAUUACCUCCAUGAUGUCAUUAGUGUCAAAUGUCAUUUGUUGCAUAUGCUUACAACAAAAAGCAAAGCCCACUUGAUAGGAAUUCCUACUCUGUAGUGUUUACUAAGGGAGGAGAACAUUUAACAACUUCAACCAUGUGUUCUGCCAAUCAGAGAAGGAAGGAACUGCAGAUGCUGGAGAAUCUGAGAUAACAAGGUGUAGAGCUGGAUGAACACAGCAGGCCAAGCAGCAUCAUAGGAGCAGGAUAGCUGACAUUUUGGGCCUAGACCCUUCUUAAGAGGGGAAGGAGGCUCUGAAAUAAAU